UACAGGGUGAUGGCAUUCGUAAACGUCGUCAACGUUUUGACAUUCUAUGAUAUAUUGCGCGGGUUCUUGUCGACAUUUGCCAGCUGUAUCUCCAUCACAAUGAUGUCGAGACUGAUACUGAACUUGCACGAUGCCUCCUCGCUCCUGCCCUCUACUCACCGAGCGACGCAAUCGAUGGCCUUUGCGUCCAUACAUGGCCCUGUUAACUCUGAUAUGCUUCCGAGUCUGAGGUCAGCGGAUGCGGACGAUGAUCAGGAUGACGAUGAGAUU